CCUGGGUGUGAAUAUAAGCCCUCUAUUUUAAACGCUCCCAAUUCUUUUUCCUUCCUUUGUUUUUUUUCUCUCUCUCUCUAUCCCCCGAGUUUCUCAUUCCUUCCUGUGUUAAUCGCCACAGCGCCAAGCACGAACCAGAUUCAUUCAACGGUCGUCUUAAAUCUAAAUCUUCUUGUGGAGACCCCAAAUCAAAUAUCACUAAACCCAAGCUCCUCGCUUUCACGAGUUGUCAAUCACACUGAUAUCAAGGAGACCGGUUGAUAUCAAGGUAACAAUGUCGGAACAAGUCUUGGAAGGGAGCCAACCAGUUGAUCUCCAGAAGCACCCUUCGGGAAUAGUUCCGACCCUACAGAAUAUUGUCUCCACUGUUAAUUUGGAUUGCAAGUUGGAUCUUAAGGCCAUUGCUCUCCAAGCUAGAAAUGCAGAAUAUAAUCCUAAGCGUUUUGCUGCAGUUAUUAUGAGAAUAAGAGAACCAAAAACAACAGCAUUGAUAUUUGCAUCUGGGAAGAUGGUGUGUACUGGGGCCAAAAGUGAACAUCAAUCAAAACUUGCAGCAAGAAAGUAUGCUCGUAUCAUUCAGAAACUUGGGUUUGCGGCAAAGUUUAAGGAUUUUAAAAUCCAAAAUAUAGUAGGCUCUUGCGAUGUUAAGUUUCCCAUUAGGCUUGAAGGACUUGCAUAUUCGCAUGGUGCUUUCUCAAGUUAUGAACCAGAAUUAUUUCCAGGCUUGAUUUACCGGAUGAAGCAACCGAAAAUUGUGCUACUUAUAUUUGUCUCUGGAAAAAUUGUUCUUACAGGAGCAAAGGUGAGGGAAGAGACCUACACUGCCUUUGAGAACAUUUACCCUGUCCUGACAGAGUUCAGGAAAAACCAGCAAUGAUGGGAUUGUAGAAGACUCAACCGUAUUGUUCUUGUAUUAAAUUUUUGGCAUUUGUGUUUUUAGUCUUAUAUAGUAUGAAAAGUGCAUCCUUACCUAUGGCACUCCUUGCAAUGUUCGACUUCAAGAAGUUUUUGUAUUCGGUUCUUUUGGCAGAUAGAGCAACCAAAGACAAUUUGCUUGCAAAAGGUUUGCAGUGAAACACUGUCGCUGUGGCAACUGCUGCACCUGGGUUGAAUUGUAGAUAUGAAAAUGGUUGUUGUCACCGUUGACUGAUUUGCUUAACCAUUAGACCAAAAAUUUGCUAAUGGGUUAUUUGGUGUAAAAUUGUGUGAACAACAUCUGCCAAGUCCUUGAAACAGAAAUGGAAAAUGGAGGAAUGAAAAAACUUACUUUUAAACUUUUGGUGGACCUUCAA